AUUUCAAGUUGUUGUUGCUCAACGUCAAUGCAAGGUAUAUGUUUCCCUCGCACUCCAAAGGUUGAACCUCAAAGACAGAAAAAUGGCGAUGCAAAAUAUGUUCAACACUGUAAAAAGCAAAGCUCUUGGAGUUGCUGAAUAUUUAACGCCUAUUCUGAAGGAAUCAAAGUUCAAAGAAACAGGUGUGAUUACCCCAGAAGAGUUUGUGGCUGCAGGAGACUUCCUUAUUCAUCACUGCCCAACCUGGCAUUGGGCAACUGGAGAUGAAUCAAAAGUAAAACCAUAUCUGCCUAAAGAAAAACAGUUUCUUGUCACAAAAAAUGUUCCUUGUUACAAAAGAUGUAGCCAAAUGCUACACAUAAAGGAGAAUGAGGCAAUAGUUGAAGAUGAUGAGGAUGGUGGCUGGGUUGACACACAUCACAAUACAGAUGGAAGUGGUGACCAGGCUGCAGCUGAGGAGGAGCCUGCACAGGAGAUGAAGACAGAUGAAGUGGAAAAUGAAAAAGGGGAAGAUGAAGAUGAUGACGAAGAAGCAGAGGAUAUGGAAGCUUUCGAAGAGAGUGGAAUGCUUGAAUCGGACGAGGCCACACUGACAACCAAAUCAAAAGCAUCUAACCAGAAAGAUAUCCUUCACGAGGCUGCUGCUACAAAGGAUGGUAUCCUGCAGACUAGAACGUACGACCUGAACAUCACAUAUGAUAAAUAUUACCAGACUCCAAGAAUGUGGCUGUUUGGUUAUGACGAGAACAAAAAACCUCUUGACAUGGAUCAGAUGUGCGAGGACAUCAGCCAGGAUCAUGUAAACAAAACAGUGACAAUCGAGAACCACCCUCAUCUACCGCCCCCACCUAGAGCAUCUAUUCAUCCAUGCAGGCAUGCAGAGGUUAUGAAGAAGAUUAUUCAGACAGUCCAAGAUGGCGGAGGCGACUUAGGGGUUCAUAUGUAUUUGCUGAUAUUUCUCAAAUUCGUUCAAGCUGUUAUGCCAACCAUUGAAUAUGAUUACACGAGACAUUUCAAUUUCUAAUUUUGUAAUAAUCACCGGGCGGCAAAUUUUGAGUACGAUAUAAUUGCAAUUUGAAAUAAUGGCUGAUUUAUGAAUGAAAAUGACAGUGCCAUCUCUGAUAGUAUUGCAUUUUGACGAGAUAUUUUGAAAUUAUUUGACAAAGGAUUUCAACCAAGAGAUUGUCCUGGUUAUCUCGAGUGCUACCUUAGAUGUAGGAUACCAUCUUUAGGAGUAUUUGAUCAGUACGAAGCAUCCAAGGGACUGAGUCUGGUUUGCAAAAUAAUUUUUCAUUUGAUAAAACUUGCUGUAUUUGAUUUAAUUUAAGAUUAUAUUGCUUUCAGUUUUUAUUGUUAAUUAUUUUAAAAAGCAAAUGUUGAAAGUAAUGAACUUUAUCCUUAUUUAUCCAGUUGAUGUGAAUAAUCUCUUUUUGUUCGUUA